AUGGUCAUGUUAGUGCAGGAGUGGGGAACCUCCGAGCCCGCCCCGCCGCCGUUCCCAGAACUGCGCCUGGCCAACGGGCCCAGCCGGUGCCAGGGCCGCGUGGAGAUCCUCUACAACGGCUCGUGGGGCACAGUGUGUGACGAUGACUGGGACAUCGUAGAUGCCAACGUUGUGUGUCGGCAGCUGGGCUGCGGCCAUGCCAUCGCCCUGCCGGCACCCAUGACCUUCGGGCAGGGGAGUGGGCCCAUCUUCUUGGACAACGUGGACUGCAAGGGCCAGGAGGCGGCACUGAGCGAGUGCUGGAGCCACGGAUGGGGCAUCCACAACUGCUACCACUACGAGGACGUGGCUGUGGUCUGCAAUGAGCUUUCCCCCACAUCAGCAAGCGAAGGACCGACCAGCAGGACUGCUACAGCCUCGGUGCAGAAUGGGGAAGGUGACGGCCGCAUCCGGCUGGUGAGUGGGGCAGACGCCUGCCAGGGCCGCGUGGAGAUCUUCUACCAGGGGAGCUGGGGCACAGUGUGCGACGAUGACUGGGGGCUGAGCGACGCCAGCGUGGUCUGCAAGCAGGUGGGCUGCGGCCAGGCUCUGGAGUACAAAAGCAACGCCUAUUUCGGCUACGGCACGGGGCACAUCCUGCUGGACAACGUCAACUGUGAGGGCAGCGAGCCCAUCCUCUCCGCCUGCUACAGCCUCGGCUGGGGCAUCCACAACUGUGGCCACCACGAGGAUGCCGGGGUCAUCUGCAUGGGUCUGGACACAUCCACCAUCACAUCCUUCACCACCUCCACGGCCCUGGACCAUGAAGAAAUGCUCACUGCCACAGCCACAGCAGUGACAGACGGCCACGAGCAGCCCUCGCCUGCGACCGAGGUGAUCACCACUGUGCUCAUCACUGCUGAGCUGGAAAGUGGCGGCGUGCGGUUGGCGAACGGCAACGGGAGCUGCCGCGGUCGGGUGGAGGUGCGGCACGGCGGGACGUGGGGCACGGUGUGCGACGACGACUGGGACUUCCCCGACGCGCAGGUGGUGUGCCGGCAGCUGGGCUGCGGGCCCGCCGUCUCCGCCACCGUCCUGGGUUCCUUCGGGUACGGCAGCGGGCCCGUGCUGCUGGAUAACGUGGGGUGCGACGGGCACGAGAUGCGCCUGGCCGACUGCUUCCACCUGGGCUGGGGGCAACACAACUGCGGCCAUCACGAGGACGCGGGCGUGGUGUGCCGAGGGACUCUGAGCUGGUCCUGGGGAGCACAGGAUGUCCCCAAAUCAUCUUCCUCCCACCUUGCCCUGCCUCAUCAGGUGCUGAUGACUCAGGAGACCAUUUCCAAGAAGCCACCGCUGCCACCACCACGUCAGCCCCGACCCAUCUGGAGGAUGGUGAGCAUCCUAUGGGCGCUGGCACAGAGGUGGUUUGGAUGCAGCUGGGAGAAGCGAGGCACUCCCUGGCCCAGCCUGGCUGGGGUGAGCCCGUUCUCCUCCACCCCAUCCCAAUGUCCCACCACAGGGUUCUUGCGCCUGGUGAACGGCAGCCACCGGUGCGAGGGCCGCGUGGAGAUGUUCUACCUGUCCCAGUGGGGCACGGUGUGUGACGAUGCCUGGGACCUGCGGGAUGCCAAGGUGGUGUGCAGGCAGCUGGGCUGUGGGCACGCUGUGGCAGCGUGGGGAGAAGCACGCUACGGCCCCGGCACCGGUUACAUCUUCCUCGACAACCUCAAGUGCAAGGGCAGCGAGCCCUCACUGCUGCGCUGCUCCCACAUCCGCUGGGACGUCCACAACUGUGACCACUCGGAGGAUGCCAGCGUGGUCUGCAGCCUCCUAUGA